AUGCCUGAAACGAGAUAUGUAGUCCCGGAAGAAACGCUGACCAGUGUUUUUUUUGCUGACUCCUCUGCACGGCAUUAUAGCUAUGAAUGCAAAGCAACGGCGCAAGAACGUCCAUAUACGGCUCGGCCGUCAAGAACCCAACAAUUGCGGAACCCUCGGUUGAUGCCCAAGCUCUCAGAGGACGUGCCUACUGAUUUGGAGCGAACGACUGGUGUGGCAGACGAGAUACUUGCAAAACGCGAGGCAGAGCGUGGUCGGAAGAGAGACCAUGAUAAAGAAGACCCCGAAGACCAAUACGGCCAGUCUUCAAAGCGAGCAAGGUCUCUUUCAACCGAUUCGGCAGAUUCGAUUUCAACAAUCUCCACAAAUCGAUCUGCAUCUGCAUCGCCCGAGCGCCGCAGCAGACAUGGUUCACAAGCCAAUGGCCGUCGCAGCUCAGUAUCACCACCCGCGGGUGAAACUCGUAAGAGGAGGUACAGCGAUGCUUCGGAUGGUUCGUCUGCGAAGUCCUACUCCUCGGGUGAUAGGCAACGAUCAAAAUCCAGAUCCCGGGAAUGGACCGGUGACAGGAACAUUCGACGACGACGUCGGGAGAGCAGCCCGGAGGAACGUGGAAGAAACCGUGAUUCAAAGAAACAUGACUCUCGGAAUACCGACCGACGCAGCCAGAGUGUGGACAAGAGUCAAAUCGCAAAAGAGCGCCGUUCUAUGACACCGGAUGCCACCUAUGACCAUUCAGCAAAACGCACAUAUCGAGACCGAGAACCCCUACAAGGCCAUUCGCAGGGCGGACGGUCGAGACAGGACCCCAGGGCUCGUGGAGGGCCGCCCCGAGAACGAAGCAUGAGUCCCUACAGCAAACGCCUUGCUUUGACUCAAUCUAUGAAUCUGGGACGGUAG